AUGAAGAACAUGUUAGCAUUAAGCAUAACUAUAGUAAUAGUUUAUACAUUUAGUUCUCAAUUUGGCAUAGCCUUUUCAAGAGCUUUUGAAAUAGAACAUCUAAGUGAUUCAUUUACCCUUGAUAGCAUACUUUCCGAUGACUCGGCCGAAUCACCAUCACCGUAUCACAGUCCUCCUUAUGACUCGGCCGAGUCACCAGCACCCAGUGUCCAAAAUGAAGAACAUGUUAGCAUUAAGCAUAACUAUGAUAGCAUACUUUCCGAUGACUCGGCCGAAUCACCUGCUCCGGACCAAAGUCUUCCUAAUGACUCAGUUGAAUCACCUGCUCCGCAUCACAGUCCUCCCGAUGACUCAGCCGAGUCACCAGCACCAUAUCACAAUCCUCCUGAUGACUCGGCCGAAUCACCUGCCCCAUAUCACAAUCCUCCUGAUGACUCGGCUGAAUCACCUACACCGCAUCACGGUCAUCCCGAUGACUCGGCAGAAUCGCCAGCACCAGCCAUCAGCCCUUCUGAUGAAUCUACUCAGCAAUAUGCAACAAAAUUAAGAUAUUUUGAUGUAACACUUUAG